UCUCUCUGGUGCAGACCUGGCCUGAGGCCGGGGCUGAUCCCGGCAGCCAUGUUCUCCCUGCCAUCCCUCCCCUCCUGGCUCCCCAGCUUCCCCUCCCUCCGGUGGGGCUCCGGCCUCCUCGACUCUGUCCUUCAGGGCCUCAUCGGGGCCAGUGGAGUCUCGGUCCUGAACAGCCUCCUGAAGGUCUACUUCUUUGUGAACUGUGCCAACAACUCCGAGCGGCGGCAGGAGAAGCAGCGGCUGCAGGCCCAGUGGGCCUUGCUGGAGAUGGUGCACCUGGCGGGGCUGGCCCUAAUCCUGACCAUCCUGGGGGCCCGGGUGGCUGCCCUGGUGGUGCUUGAGUUCUCCCUCCGGGCUGUCUCCUCACUGCUCUCCCUGGGUAAGGGCUCCGAGAGGGAGAGGCUGCAGCUGUACCUGCUGAGCCAGUACUCACUGGGCUGUGGGCUGACCUGCGGCCUGAGCUUCCUGCAAGAGGGCGCCCCUCACCGCACCCUGAACCUGCUGCUGGGCCUCUGGCUGGCCACCCUGCUCAGCGCGGGUGCCCGGCGCCUCUGCCGCCACGUCUGCCAGCUCUACGACGAGCUGCACAGCGGCCUGCGCUGCUGCGGGCUCUGCCUGGGCCUGCUGGCUGGCGCUCACGGCCUCCCCCGGCUGCUGGCCCGCGCCCUGGCCGUGGCCUUCGCUGUGGGCGACCUGGCAGCCGUGGCCCUCGUCAACCGGGACUUCCCGACCACCUCGGACGCCGUGCGCUUCUGGAUGCCGCUCAUCAUCUGCUACACCCUGCUGGUCAUCUACAUGCAGGAGGAACAGCGGCAACACCCCGGCCUGCAGAGCCAGGUCCAGACGUUGCUGGUGCGCAUGGGUGGCCUCUUCGUGCUGCUGCUGACCGUGGGCUGCUGGCUGGACCUCCUGGGGGUCCUCCUGUCCCUGCUGGGCGAGCUCUGGUGCCUGGCAGGCAGCCGCACUCUGCUGGACCUGUGCCGGAUACAGGAUUUUCCAUCCCGGAGGCCUUCGGGGUCAGCCCCAAGGCAGACCCAGCCCCAGCCCUCAGCAGCUGCCCAGCCCCAGGACACAGCCCCCUCCUGACCUGCCUGAGCAAGGACUUGAAGUCCGUCUUAGGCCCACCCAGGCUCAUCUGGAGGCCUUGACACUGCCAGGACACUGCCCCGCAGCAGAGGGGCCAGCCCCACCUGGAGUGAAAGGUGGGCGCUGGGGGCUCCUGCAGGGAGGCGAAGGCUUGGGGCUAGGGACCUCAGAAGGGGGGCACCUGGAGGCCAGUGGGUGAAGCCCUGUUUUUCUCAGGAUGGACAAUGGAUACAGCCCCCUCAGACCCCCCUUUCCCAGGGGAGUUGGGGAAUAGGGGAGAAUUGCAUCCUCAGAAUGGCCCCCCUUUACUGGCCUCCCUCUCCUCCUCCAUGAACAACAAUAAAGAUGAUUUUUC